UCUAGUAUCCACCCAACUUCAAUACACACACAGCUUUUAUAGACUUCUCCUAAAACAUGAGAUCUAUGUCUAUUUCUGUAGUUCUUGUCUUCAUCUUUGUCGUGUCUUUAGAUCCAGUUUUCUCACUGAAUCUUGCACCCUCUCCUUCACCACCCUCUACCAAUGAAUCUACAUGUCCAGUGUCCAUGAAAUAUGUCCAAACUGUUGCUUGGAACUCCUCUUCCUGCCAUAACUUCCAACCUUUGCAAUCCAAAAAAGACACACAUGAAACAAUCUGUUGCCAAAACCUCUUGUACCUCUUUGGCAUAGCACUAGCUGAAAAUCUCAAGAAAAACUCUCUUUUCCAGCUCCAUAACCUCUCCACCUCAAUCUCUUGCCUUCAGGAUUUCCAAUCCAAUAUCUCUUCAAUCUCACUUUCCAAUAACCUUGUCAACUCUUGCUUUGAGCCAAGUGAGUUUGUCAUCACUCCAAAUUUAUGUGCCCAGAUUCAAACUAAGCAAGAUUGGGUUAACAGGGUUGGUUCUGCUAACACAGAACUGGUUAACUCUGCUUGUGCAACAGACCUCACUGAUGUUGCUCAGUGCAGAAAGUGUAUGGCUGAGGGGGACAAGGUUCAGCAGAUUCUGGUUUCCAUUGAUGGUAAUCCUUCACAUUCCCAAGAUUGCUUUUACUUUCUAGUGCUUUAUAUUGCUGGAGUUGUGAAUAGGUUUGGACCUCAGAGCCAAGGUGUUUUGUCUUGCAUUUUUACUUUGUUGGUUAGUUCACAUGAGGAUUCCAGAGAGGAGCAUGACCACCAUGUUCUUGUGAUUGCUUUAGCAGCUUCAUUUGGAUUAUUUCUGUUCAUCUUGUUAGGGUUGUGUUUUUGGUACUACACUAGGUGGGUGAAGAGAAAAAAAUUUGAAAAUUUGCUGGACUCUGGUGGUGGACCAGAGGAACUAAGGUUUAACCAGAGAUUGAGACCGAACACUGGGUUGAUUUGGUUCAAGUUUGAGGACCUUGUUAAGGCUACCAACAAUUUUUCAGCUGAGAAUUUCAUUGGGAGAGGCGGGUUUGGGACGGUUUACAAGGGCACUCUACCUGAUUGUAAAAUUGUCGCAGUGAAAAGGAUUGAAGAAUCUGAUUACCAAGGAGAUGCUGAUUUCUGCAGAGAGGUGGAGAUUGUUAGCAGCUUGAAGCACCGCAAUCUGGUGCAGCUAAGAGGGUGUUGUGUUGUUGAUGAGGGUGAGAAUUCUGAGUAUAAAGGAAGGUAUUUAGUUCUUGAAUACAUCCCAAAUGGUAGCCUUAAAGACCAUCUAUUUCCAACAACCAUGGAUGAUCCAAAUGCAGUGAAAUUGACUUGGCCUCAAAGGAAAAACAUAAUCUUGGAUGUUGCAAACGCGUUGGUUUAUUUGCACUAUGGAGUUAAACCUGCUAUUUAUCACAGAGAUAUCAAACCCACCAAUAUACUACUUGAUGCGGGUAUGAGGGCAAAGGUUGCUGAUUUUGGGCUAGCUAAACAGAGCAAUACUGAAAAUAAGUCUUUUCUAAAUACAAGAAUAGUUGGAACUCAUGGAUAUCUAGCCCCAGAAUAUGCACUUUAUGGUCAGCUAACUGAGAAGACUGAUGUGUAUAGCUUUGGUGUGGUUGUUUUGGAGGUAAUGUGUGGAAGAAAAGCUCUUGAGUUAUCAGGAGCACCGACAUUCUUGCUCACAGAUUGGGUUUGGGCAUUAAUGAAAUCUGGUCACAUAGAAGAGGCUUUGGAUCCUUCUAUGUUAAUAGAUGGUAACUCUACUAGGAACAUAAUGGAGAGGUUUUUGCUUGUUGGAAUACUAUCUUGUCAUGUAUUGGUUGCUUCAAGACCAACAAUUUUGGAAGCUUUGAAGAUGUUAGAAGGGGAUAUUGAGGUUCCACCAAUUCCAGAUAGGCCAAUGACUCUAGGGAAUUAUAUGUUUUCAAAGGGUGAUUGUUUGGGGAUGAGCUCAGAUUGUGAUGUUAAUGGUUGUAGAAUCCACCCUUGAUGAAUUUGACAAGAACAAGUUGAGGGAAACUGUGUUCAUGAAUUUUUUUAUUUUUUAUAUUAAAAACAAAUUGAUUUUUAUGGAUGAGAUCCUAUGCAAUUUUCUAGAAUUCAGAUUUACUGUUGUUGACUGCAAGCCGUUCGAUUAAGAUUCGACAGAUCAUGUAUUUAUAUUUUAUUUACUGAGAUCAAAUAUGAACAAUCCAAUCUAAAUGCAAUGACUUAUAUUGA